AAUAGUUUGAACUCUGUGGGUCGCGCCUCAUUCAACUGACUGUACACAAGAGACACGAGAAAGCAGGGAUACUAACUAUGCAGAAAUGUCCGUUUCACUUUGGAUUAGACAGUUUCAGUGAAGCUGGAUUAUAGUACAAGCAAGGGACAUUUAUGUUGUUAAUUUAUGGUUUGAUGUCACUUGCAUGGAAAUAAGUGUUUGUAUAUUCUAAAGGAAAUUGUGUGUUCACUAUUUUGGCGGACUAAAGAUAUUAAUGUGUAAGUGUCACUGAAGCCUACACAUAAUGUCGACAGAAAUGGAGGUUAACGAUGGUCAUCCAGGUCCCAGAGAAAGACUGAGAUCGGAUGGCGGGAGACUUACUGCAGAGGAGAUGGACUCGAAGAGGAAGCAGAACAUUGCGUAUGAGUAUCUCUGUCACUUGGAGGAAGCUAAAGUAUGGAUGGCUGCUUGUAUUAACGAGGAACUUCCUCCAACUACAGAACUUGAAGAAGGCUUACGGAAUGGCGUGUUUUUGGCAAAACUGGGACACUUUUUGAACCCCCAGAUUGUGCCCCUCAAAAAGAUAUAUGACAGAGAACAAACAAGAUUUCAGUCCCGAGGAUUACAUUUCCGACACACAGACAACAUCAACCACUGGUUCUCAGCUAUGGAGAAAAUUGGCCUUCCACAGAUAUUUUAUCCUGAGACUACAGAUAUCUACGAUAGGAAGAAUAUGCCUAGAACAAUUUACUGUCUCCAUGCCCUCAGUUUGUACUGCUUCAAGCUUGGAAUUGCUCCCCAGAUUCAAGAUUUGUAUGGCAAAGUACAGUUCACAGAGGAAGAAAUUAGUGCCAUGCGACUUGAAUUGGAAAAGUAUGGAAUCCAAAUGCCAGCAUUCAGUAAGAUAGGAGGAAUCUUAGCUAACGAGCUCACCGUGGAUGACGCUGCUCUACAUGCCGCCAUCAUCGCCAUUAAUGAGGCUGUGGAUCACGAGAAACCUGAAGAAACAUUGGCGGCCCUUGAGAAUCCGUCUGCCAUGUUGGUGAACUUGAGGACAGAGGGGUCUGAGGAUUACCAGGAACUGCUCUUCUGUGCCAAACAGACCAAGAGAGAUAUAGCACACAAUAAGAGUCUGGACCCAGACGGCACCUAUGAACAUGAUGUUUAUGACGAACUACUGACUCAGGCCGAGAUCCAGGGCAACAUCAAUAAAGUCAACACCAUACAAGCCUUAGACCGUCUGAAUGACGCACUGAUAAAGAUGGAUCCCAAACUGUUGCUUCAGGCCUUAAAAUCACAGUACCUCGGUCUGAAGGGGGUCCAGGAUGAUAACAUAGCUUACUACGAGGAACGGCUCAAGGAGUCUUUCGAAAAUAAGCAGAAUAACAAUGGAGAAGAAGAUGUGAUACUGGAAAGAGAAGAAAUCCAACAAGCUGUGUCCACGGCCAACCUGGACGCCGACGUGGAGUAUCAGAAGGCUCAGUGUGUGGUUGCCAUUAAUACGGCUAUAAAUAGCGGGGACCCUGCGGUGCUCAUGAGGGUUCUCCAGAACCCUGCAGCCAAGCUACCACCUGUAAUUCCCUAUGGCGAUGUCCUCUAUCUGGAGGAGUUCUUCAACAUGCGACAAGAAAAACAGGACGACCUGGACUAUGAUGAAAUAUUUGCGGCUGUUAAGGUAUUGUCGGCGGUCGCUGCAAUCAAUGAAGCAGUAGAAGUUGGUGAUCAAGACGCGACCUUCAAGGCUCUUGCAAAUGAAGACGCUUGCAUUCCAAAUCUGGAAGAUCAGAACCUCGACAGAUAUCAGAAAGGACUGGUCCACGCGAGGGCCACAAAAACGGAGAGUAUUCAAGAGGCAGAUGAUGAAUCGGCUAUGACAGCUGGUGUGCCUUGUACACUGCUGACUCACUUUGAGAUCUGUUCAUGCGUAGACCAAGUAAACCAGCAAGUCUCCGAGGAACACGAACGAGUACUAGCCAUAGGGGGUAUUAAUAACGCCAUUAAACAAGGCAACCCCCAGGUGACCUUAUCCGCCCUCAAGGAACCUACGGCCAAAUUACAGGAAGUGGAUGAUGGGAAUGCUUACAGGUACCAGGUGCUGCUGUGUCGGGAAGUCGCGUCCAAGGAACAGCAGGACUCCAGUGAUGGGGAUGUUGAACUGUGGGUAGAGGAGAUUCAGAACGCCAUUGGAAACGCUAACAGAGACGCUGAAGUGGGACUGAAAACAUCCUUGGCUGUUGAAGAAGUUAACAAAACUUCUGGUGAAAAUGACAGUGACCUACUUCUGGAGUCCUUGACCUCUAGUGACCUUGCCUUACACAGUGUUGUUCCUGACUGCAAAGACAUGUACCUACAGAGACUACUAGAGGCAAUAGACGAUAAGACUCAGAAAGGAGAGUGUGGGAGUGGCUGGAUGAUGAACCGUUUGAAGGAUGGAUCGAAGUUUUUCUAUAACACCCACGACCAGGAGUAUGCAUGGAGUCGACAAGACGGUGCAUCUAAAGACCACGGACUUCUCACCAAGGAGGAAGUGCAGAAAGUAGUAUCAGAAGUUACUGCAGAAUAUGACAGAGAACUUUUGUUCAAAGCCAACGAGAAUUUUAUUGUGCGGAUACAGUCUUGUGUGAGAGGAUACCUGGCCAGGAAAGCUUAUCUAGAGAGAGUUAACUUCAUGAAUACACAACUGCCAGCCAUAACCAAAAUACAGGCUUGUUGGAAAGGUUACAAACAGCGUAAGGACUACCAGUGCAGACUAACAUACCUCAAGGACAAUCACGACACGAUCGUCAAGCUACAAUCUGUUAUUCGUAUGUGGAGACAGGCAGCCAAAUACCGCAAUCGAGUGAAAUUCUUUAAAGAUCAUGAAGCUGAGGUUAUAAAAAUUCAGGCGUUUGUGCGUUCAAACAAAGCCAAGCAUGACUACAAGGCGUUGAUGCAUGAAGAAAACCCUCCGCUCAGUGUCGUUCAGAAGUUUGUCCAUCUGCUGGACACCAGUGAUGUGGACUACUCUGAAGAAAUAGAGCUUCAGAAGCUGAGACAGCAGGUGGUGACAGAGAUCCGGUCAACUCAAAAGCUAGAGCACGACUUGGAUACCAUGGAUAUCAAAAUCGGACUUCUCAUCAAAAACAGGAUUACCCUACAGGAUGUAGUUACCCACGACAAAAAGCUGACAAAACACAAGGAGAUGAGCCAGAGUGUCCCUAAAGGUCUAAAAGGCCUCAGUAAAGAUUGUCACGACCGACUCGAGGCCUACCAGUACCUCUUCUAUCUACUGCAAACAAAUCCAACUUACCUUGCAAAGCUCAUCUUUGAGAUGCCCCAGAGCCGCACAACCAAGUUCAUGGAGUCUGUGAUUUACUCGCUGUUUAACUAUGGCUCUAACCAGAGGGAGGAAUACCUGCUGCUGAAACUGUUCAGGAAAGCUCUGGAGGAAGAGAUAGCACGAAUACUAAAGGUAGACAAGAUGUCUGACUUUGUGACAGGAAAUCCACUUGUAGUGAAAAUGAUUGUAGGAUUCAACAGGAAUCAGCGAGGUCAGAAUUCUUUGAGAGAAAUGUUAAAUCCACUAGUUACAGAGGUCAUCGAGGACAAAAAUCUACACAUCAAUACUAACCCCACGGAUGUGUACAAGUCAUGGAUCAACCAGACUGAGUCCCAAACUGGUAAAGCCAGCGUGUUACCGUAUGAUGUCUCCAUAGAACAAGCUUUGUCACACGAUGAGGUACAGAAACUGAUCCAGCAGUCGAAAACCAAGUUACAGCAAGUUACUGACAAGUUUCUCACCACUAUCCUACAGUCGCUGGACAAAAUCCCGUAUGGCAUGCGCUACAUGGCUAAGGUUCUGAGGGAAGCACUCAUGACCAAGUUCCCAGAGGCACCAGAAAAAGAUGUGUUAAAGAUCGUAGGAAACCUGCUGUACUACAGAUAUAUUAACUCAGCCAUUGUUGCUCCGGAUGCCUUUGACAUUAUCAACGUUGGCGCUGACAAACAACUGACCAAUGACCAGCGGCGUAACCUUGGAUCUGUGGCCAAAAUUUUACAAUUUGCAGCUGCAAACAAAGGGUUUGGUGGCGAGAGUGCCUACCUCUCCAGCAUGAACAGCUAUAUUCGAGAGGCUCAUGAAAAAUUCAAACAUUACUGUAUGAUGGCGUGUGAUGUGGAGGAAUUGGAGCCAAAGUUUAAUGUAGACCAGUAUUCAGACAUCGUAACCAUCACCAAACCAGUCAUUUAUAUCUCUGUGUCCGAGAUCUGUGACACACAUCAAAUGUUAGUGCUUCACCAAGAUGAGAUUGCUCCCGACUCAAAUGACCCGCUACACGAAUUACUGGAGGAUCUUGGAGAGGUUCCCACAGUAGCUGAGCUCCUAGGUGUAGACCUUCCUGAAGAGGAAACCAUGCGUAACACCGUGCUCGCUCAACUAGGCACAACCGAGAUAACGCUCACACUCACCAACAAAUUUGAAGUUCCGGAAGAUGACCAAUCUAAUGUUAAACAGCUUCUUAUCAGGACGAAGCGUCUCGUAGUAGAUGUCGUGGCCUGCCAGCCGGGCGACACGCUCUUACAGAUUCUGGAGUCCACGGCAACAGACGAACAGGAGGAACUGCACCAAGCACUCGUUAAAAAACGUGAGCGGCGUGACAGGAAGGCUUCAGCCAAACAGGGUGGAAAGGGACUUGUUCGACACCCGUCCAUGUUGUCAGAAACCAUGUUAUCAAUACAAGUGAUGAAGACAAAGAUAAAGAAGCAGCUUCAGAAUCUAGAACUGGAGGGAGUCUUGACGAGGAAAAAUAGCUACCAGGGUCUGGUCAACAUGAUCGCACAGGAUAUCCGUAAUCAAAGACGUUACCGUAACAGCCGUAAACAGGAGUUAAUGCGUGUGCGCACUACAUUGAAGGGGCUUCAGGAGAAGCGAACCUUUUACGAGUCUCAGAUCGACUACUACAAUAGAUACGUUAAAACCUGUAUAGAGAAUCUUCAACAGAAAAGCAAUAACCGAAAAUCACGAGGCCUUUUUAAACGUGGAGAUGGCAAGGUGAGCUACGAGUCUGUGAAGUACAGUGCCUCCAAACUCCAUGAGAAGGGGGUCAUACUAGAUGUGGAAGGGCUGCCUAAUAGUCAAUUCAAGAAUGUGAUGUUCGAGAUUGCUGCAACAGCUGAUCCAGGCACAUUUGAUGUCAAUGCAAAAUUUAUGGGAGUAGAAAUGGAAAAAGUGGAACUUGUUUUCCAGGACCUACUCCAGCUCCAGUAUGAAGGGGUGGCAGUCAUUGAGAUGUUCAACAAAGCACGCAUUAAUGUCAAUCUUCUCAUCUUCUUAUUGAACAAGAAAUUUUAUAGUCGGCAUUCCAAAUAAGUUAUCAAGUGCGGUUAGGCAACAGACAAAUAAUAUCACUUGUCCUAGGGCCUGUGUUCAGGAAGAGUUAUCUACCCUUGUCCAAGUGUCUGAGAAAUCUUGCCAUUCUAACCCCAAGAAAGCUGGUCUGUGAUGGUCACAUGCAUUUAGAAGCUGUGAGCGUAGAACGGUCUAAUGGAGCCAAUCAGUAACAGGUCAUAGAUCUGUGUGUCUGUCUCCACCGACACACUCAGGCCUACCACUGCUGGUAUACCACUGCUGGUACUUAGGUGUUCAGUCUAAAAUGGGGAACAUUCUGUAACUGUUACGUUUGACAAGAUUGACAAAUAUCUGAGAUCUAAUAAUCGAACAAACAGAUAUACAGGUCAGUAACACUGCUUGCUACCUGCAAAGAGUACAUUAUAUACAUGUAUAAUAUUAGACUUGUAAAACAGAAGGCCUGCUGUGAACUUAUUUCUAUAUCAUAAUGUAUGUGAAUGCCUUAUAAAUGAUUACUAAUAAUAUUGGUUUUAUCGGGGAAAGUAGGGAGGCAUUUACAUGCAAAUGUAGGUCAACACGUAUAAAAAAAACAAAUAAGUUGUGUAAAUCAGUUUUAAAUAAACAUGAUAAGUACUGAGGACAAAAAAACAGACCUAUAAAUCCACGAUCCUUUUAUUUCAACAGGGAGCUUGUUCAGGAAGAUCUUCUAGUGGUUCCAGUCCUUGAUUUACCAAAAUAUUUAUGCCUUAUAUACUUGUGUGACAAACUGCCACAAAUAAAUUAACUUUUGACCGAGGAGUUUCCUUAAAUUAAGAUGAUUAACUUUACUUUAGAAGAAUCCAGGAAAGGUAGAUUUAUGAUGCACUAUAGUUUCAUGUAGAAUUCAAUUAGUCAUUAUGUAAUAUUUGUCUGGGGAAGAUUUCAUUGAAUAUUGUAGUUAACUAGUGAUUUAUGCAGAGCAAAUAGUCAUUAUAGUUUAACAAUAAUUUAUAGCAAUUAAAAGUACAUUUUUUAUAUUCAUCAGAUCAUUAACUUCAUCAUGGUAUGAAGUUGUUUAUUAUUAUACGAUUUUAUCUUCAUGAAGCAAAGAUCUUUAAAUUCGUCUUCAAUUCAACUUUUUACCUUUUUUCUUGGAUCUGAUUUAGAAUCUGAGAUUGCACCCUUCGGUUUUGAUUCUCUGAGUAAUUCAUGAUUUCGUAUUUUUUUUGUUUAGAAUGUUAUGACGAAGAAAUCGUGCAAGGGGCAAUUGUCAAUUUUCUUCUUAAAAGUCUGUAUUUAUGUUAGAGUUUUCUGUUACAUACAAUUCUUUGAUUCUAUCUUUAGAUUAUGUUUUAUAUGAUGAAUAUUGCAUGCAAUGUUUACACAAAAUUUGUAUGAAUUGUUUACAAUUUGCUUACACCACUCUUGUCUUUCCUGUGUUUCACUGUAGGGUAAAACACACCUUUUAAUUGAUUCUAAUGCUUUCUAUUUGUAUGAACUGUAUACUGGGAAAGCUUUGACACAUUUUAACCUUUGCCUUCUGUAAAUUAAUGAGCGUGAAUUCACUUAACAUAGUAUUUCCACAGUAAAUGGUGAUAUCAAAACUGGACGAAUAGGAAUUGUUUAUGUCAUAUAGUGAAUAAUUGUGGGACGAAACUCUCCCAGUAUACAUUAGUUGUUUUGAGCUCAAUAUUCUAUUGUACCAUAUUGAUUUUAUAAGGAGAGAUAUAAUUUGCUUGGAGGACUAAACAAUACUGCUUUAACUAUCCAUAAGGGAUGUUUGGUGUAAUAAAGACAGUUUUGAAGAGAAGAAAAAAACACCAAAGCAUUGCUUGUAUGUGCAAGCCUACUAACAACAGAACGACCUUCCACACUAUUUAUUAAACACUCAAGGGAAUGCUGUUAUAUCAGCAGGGAUGAUAUGUACAAAAGGUAGUGAAAGGUCGUGAUCAGAAUAUGAAGGGUAUAAAUCACAAAAAGAUGAAACAAAUUGACCCUACAUAUGAUGAUUAUCUUUACUCCUAACCCUAAACAAAGAAACAAACUACAGACAAUGUAUAAUUAACAAUUAACAUCAAAAUGUUUCCUAAUUCUUACAAUUUGGCAGGGCCAACAUUUUUUUCCAUAAAUUUAAAUGAUAGAUUUGAAAAGAAAACUGAAAACAUUGUCUGAUAGUGACGUGGCAUGGCAGUUCCGCAAGUGUGGUGGCAUGGUGGUAUUGUAAGUGAGGUGGCGUCAUGUUGAGAUUUUAUUGUAUCUUUGUUAGCUUUUCAUGUGUGCUUCCCUUAUUUUUAUUGAUGCAAGUCAUGAAUAUUUAUAUAUAUUGGAGGAAAAACAUCUACAAAUAAUUUGAGCUGUAGGUAAAUCUAGAUGCAUAAAAUAUUUAAACAUCUUAAUUAUUUAAAUACCAUAUAAAAGUGAUUUUCAAAUGUUCUGUGUCCUAAUGGAAUCAAUGCAAUUAACAUGACAAAUAUUUUACAUUUUCCAUUAUUGUGUAAAAAAAAUAAUGUAAGCUAGCUUAGGGUUAAAUCAAUUGAGAAUUUCACUUCAUUGUAAAAUUCCCUCAAAGUUGAACUUGAAUUCUUCAAUUUCUUUUAACUAAGCUGUCUAUUUCCGUGGUAUAAAUGGAAACUGCAGCAUGCCCUUAUACCUGUCUAAAGACUGUCAAUAGACCUAGUGCUAGUUAAAAACUACGGUGGAGAUCACAGAGGCUGAGAAGGUUUUCCUCAAACUCAACUAAAAACAGACUGAGCAAACAUGAUCAAUACAGAAAUUAUAGAUAGCAGGGACCAGUCACCAAUCUGUCAUGUUUGUAUAUGCAGCCUUUCAAUAGGGGAAACUUGAAAGUGGUGACAAGAUCUGAAGAUGCUUGGUUAAACUUAGAAAAUGUCAAAAUACAAAUGUGGAAUUGAGAGUAGAGCCUACUUUCACUUUUUACAGUAGAUGUAGUAGUUUUAUUUUAUAAAUUGAUCUGUUAUAAACCAUUUACAUCAUUGUAACAUGAUCAUCAGUUUGUGCAUCGUACAGUGAACUAUUUUCUAUAUGAAUGGGACCAUACUCUUAUUGUCAUUAUUUUGUGUAAGCUUUUGAAUUGCUGAUUAAUGAUACUUUACUUAUAUGCAUUUUAUUUGCAAAAUAUUUGUACUUGUUUUACCAGAAAAAUUCAAAGUAAUACUUAUCAUUCCUAACAUUUAUCAUAGCUAUCAGAUAAAUAAAGUUUGCUCAAACCUGACCUAAAUGUUUCUGAAAAUGAUUGGUUGAUGAAACAAUAACUUCCCUCAUUCGUGAGUGUCAUUCCCUACUAUCAGUCAUGCAAAGCAUUCCAAAUGGUUUGACCAAAUUGUUGUGUGAUGUUCUGGAGAGCCUCAACAGAGGGUUUCAAGGCCUGCUGUAAUAUCUGUAGGUUCACCAGGCUUAAACGAAAUAUUUCAAAAGUAAAAGGGCCCUGUGCCAUUUAUCUCUGGCUAAUACAUGUAUUUGUAUCUGACUUGAAUUUCACAGCAAUACAUUUUGUUCUCGUUUUUUCUGUAGGAAUUUUGUAGAAAAAUCAGCUUAGUUCUUUUCUUGAUUUUAAUUGAACAUGUCUAAUGAUCUGAUUGUUAGUACAUUGUAAUACAUUGAUGAUCUGAGUUUUAGUUAGUACAUUGAUGAUCUGAGUUUUAUAUGUUUUAAAUGUUCUUUGUUUUCUUGCCCCUGGUGCUACUAGUUGUUUUACUUCUGUAUGCUGUACAGAGCAACUACCAUUUUACAAACAUGUGCCGUAUUUGUGACUGAAUAAAAUUGUCAUGUUACUAUCAA